AUGCUUCUAACCCCCCCACCGUCUCCUCAACUGACGACUUGUCUUUCACCUGAAGACAGAAUUGGGUGUGUGUUAGCUGGACGACUUGAACUUGUCUCUAUCCUUGGAAUCGGCGCUUACGGAGUGGUUUACCAAGCCAUCGACAUCCUCACAAACAUUCCAUAUGCUGUGAAGGCUUUGCCCAAAGCUGGACUGGAUCCAAGACAACGUCGAUUCCAAAAACGGGAGAUCGCCCUUCACCAUCAAGCAAGCCAACAUCCUAACGUGGUCUCACUGUUGCGCAUCUUGGACAGCCCGGAUUGCACCUACGUCGUGAUUGAAUUUUGUCCCGAAGGCGACUUGUUCUCCAAUAUCACCGAGCAGGGCCGUUUCGUGGGCGAUGAUCAAUUGGCCAAGCAUGCCUUCUUGCAAUUGUUGGAUGCCGUCCAGUACUGCCAUUCCAUUGGGAUCUACCACCGUGACUUGAAGCCCGAGAACAUCCUCGUCACCAAUCAUGGUUCCACCGUCAAAUUGGCCGAUUUUGGACUCGCUACACAAGACUGCAUCACAUCUGACUUCGGAUGUGGCUCGACAUUCUACAUGUCUCCAGAAUGUCAACAACCGCCAACAAGACCGUAUGCUCGUUACGCUGCUGCACCAAACGAUGUCUGGAGUCUUGGCGUUAUCCUGGUUAACUUGACCUGUGGCCGUAACCCGUGGAAGAAAGCCUCGCCUGAGGAUUCCACGUUCCGUGCGUUCUUGAAGGAUCCCAAGUUCUUGAGCUCGAUUUUACCCAUCUCUGCCGAGUUGAACAUGAUCUUGCGACGCAUCUUCGAAUGUGACCCUCAGAAGAGAAUCUCCCUCCAGGAGCUCCGGGAAGCCAUCAUCAACUGUCCCAGGUUGACCAUGAGUGCCUAUAGUACUCUCCCGCCAUCGCCUCCUCAGUCCCCCAGCUAUUAUGUGGAUUCCAUGGACUGUGCCAACAUGGCUCUGCCUCCUUCUCCCCCGGCUUCUCCUUCCCCCCACCAGCCAUUCCAAUGUCAACCCUCGGAGUACUCCUUGUUUGAUCCUUCUUCAAAACAAGGUUCUUCUUGCUCUACACUUUCCACGGAUUCCGGUUACGAGUCUGAGUCUUCAUAUGCAGACGCCGGGCAUCGUUUGCAUGCGCCUAUUUUCAACUUCUACGGCAACGUUAUUCCUUUGAACGAUCACGAAAAGCCAUACUAUUCACCACCUAGUUUUGUUCCCACUGUUGCCGCAUAUUAA